CCAGAGUCCAGAAGCAGCGUCUCCAAGUCGCGCGGACAAAUAAACAACAAUGAGUCUCGUCUUCUUUUCUCCUCAAAAAUCUUACCAAAAAGCAAAUCCAGAUUCAAUGACACCUCCAUGGAGAGGUACCACUCCCAUGACUCCAGCUGCAGUAGCCAGGCACCAAAAGAACGACGAGCAAAGAGACGCAAAGUCGCGCUAGCAUGCGUAGAGUGUCGUACAAGGAAAGUCCGCUGCGAUGGUGCCCAUCCAGUUUGCGGAGCAUGCGUCAAGAGGGCCCGUCAGUGCGUAUAUACUCUCGACUUGGAGAGGAAACGGUCUAUUGAGCGAGAAUAUGUUCUGCGUCUUGAGAGUCGGGUCAGGGAACUUGAGCGUGAAAGAGCCUCAUUGAGGACUCUGUCGACUUCUGAAACCAGAGUGCCAGCGUCAGAUGGAUGGGAACAUUCUGGUGUGAAUGUCCAUGUUGGAGCCUCGCAGCAUUCUCCUCGAGGUGGCUCCGUUGCCACCGUGCCUACUUCGCUAGAUACUCCGCGGAUAUUCAGCUAUCGCUCUGAUCAGAAUGGUGACGAUGGGUCAGAACCGUGGAGCUUGAGAUCAAAGGAUAACCGGUAUUCAGAUGCUACUAACACCUCCUUGCACUUCAACGGGAAGCCGUCACGCGGGGAGGAAAUGUCCGACGGGGUAAAUGCUAUGAUGGGUGCUGUUGAAGAGAGACCUACUCAAGGCUUCUUUGGAAGCUCGAGUGCAACUAGUUUCAUGAAGCAGGUCAAGUCGGCUGUCGAAGAGAAAGUAUCCUCGCCAGAGUCUAGACCCUCAGAUUCAGUUGGCGAGAAUCCUCCUCGAUCGACUUUGAUGUCGAGACGGAAGAAUAAUAUGGAGUCGGAGCUUGCAACUUACGCGCUACCUCCGCGCAAGUUCGCGGAUGGUCUAAUGGAUGUUUACUGGAAUCUUGUGUUCCCGUUGUACCCGUUUGUCGACAGGGCGCAACUCAAUGCGCAAUAUAAUAAUAUAUGGACGGGAGAGAGUUCUGAAUACGACGAGAACAUGCUGAUGUGUACCUUCAAUACCAUAUUCGCACUCAGCUGUCAGCUCUCUGACUCGAUAGAGCCACGAGAACGGAGGGCAUCGGCGGAUGUGUUCUUCUCUCGAGCUAAGGAGCUCCUCCACUUCAACUUGUGGAAUAGCGGUUCCGCAGAGCUGAUCCAGUGUCUCCUACUGAUGGGCCAGUAUCUGCAGAGCACUGACUCGGCACAUCAGUGCUGGAUAGUCAUUGGCUUAGCGGUCAGGAAUGCUCAAAGCCUUGGACUACAUCUCCCUUCUACUAUCUCUCGUUUUGAGAGCUUACAGGAACAACGGCUGGCGCGCAUCAUUUGGAAUGGUUGUGUCUUGAUGGACAGGGUCGUCUCGAUGACUUUUGGUCGACCCACCAUGAUUUCUGAACCGUCGUAUUCAUGGGUAUCAUUGCCUGCCACGAUCGACAAUGAUGAAUCCACAUCUCCUAGCGGUCGAGAUGGGCCGGGCAAGCGGGCAGAUGAGCCAUCUUUGAUAAACUUUUUCGAAAGGUCGUUGGAACUCUAUGAGAUCCUAAACGAUAUACUCGUACGGCUAUACUCUUCAAAUCCAGAAGGACGACUGAACGACGGUCGUAGCUACUAUUGCUCCCAAAAAGAGAGUAGUGAUGGUGAACGUGAAGUGUUUGAACUAGACCGUGCUCUUGCAGAAUGGUGUCGGAGACUGCCACCACACUUGCGAGAUGGCGAAAGUGCGGCGAACCCGAUAUUCCAGCGACAAUCGAUUGUGCUUAGGUCGAGAUUCCUGCAUGUCAGGAUGCUCCUCUUCCGGCCUUCACUAUCGCGUUAUUGCACAAACCGGGACUCUUCAUGUGAAGACCCGCUCAUCUCGCUCUCCGGUUCAUUCCCGCAACGAGUGACUCUCCAAUGUUCAAUCAUCUGUGUGAGGGCGGCUCAGGAACUGAUUGAGCUAAUCUACAAUAAGGUCCCUUCCGACGGCACUAAUGGACCACUCCCAGCAUGGUGGUAUAAUAUCUUAUAUGUGUAUACAGCAGCUACUGUUUUGAUCGCCGGCCGACUCCGUUCGGCAAUCGUGGCGGAGAUAACCGAACCGACAGUUACUCGGUCUUGGAACCUUGCACUUGAAAUUUUAAGGAAGUAUCAGGAAUCCAGCACGUCAGCGCGACGCUGCAUUGCUGCACUCGAAAUACUUUACGAUAGAGUAGUCUCGGAAGGACACGAGCCCCAUCAUCGGGUAACUUCAACGUUGUCGAGUGAACAGCAAUCCCAGAGUUUCCCAUUAUUGCCGGCCCCAAACUCUCUCGACGAAAUAUACCUUGGAGAGGGCAUCGAUUCUACCGUCUUUGAGACUUUCAACUUAGAUGAUCCACAGGAUAUGUCUUGGCUGCACAGUGUACCAAGCAAUCUCUAUUAAAGUCCAGGGAUGUCUAUGGUAGUCUUUAUGCAUGUCAGCCUGCAGCCCUUCCCGGUUUGCUCUGCUGCCCCGUCACGGUCCAGGAGUCUGUCGAUCUGGACCCGCGGCGUUGGCGAAGGAUGCAUGACGAAGAAACCCUCUAAGACAAGGCGGCUACAUGAUUGGGGCCGUUGAGAGUUGCUGUGUCAUGUAGCUUGCAGCAUCCCACGGAAAUGCUUAUUUCACUGUCGAACUUGAGCUUAUUCUGAUGAUCUGGCGGCCCCCCUACCAACCACGGGAGGUCAGUGAGCUAGUUCUGAUCGCCCAUGCUCCGGAUUCUCAUGGACGCUUACCCGAUAAUCAUUUCUCCGGCGGCCGCUACUGCUGGUAGCAU